CCUGGCUUUCCCGGGCUAUAAAACCCCAGCCACCCUUCCAUCCAUUGGCACAAGAUCACAGAAGCUCACAGUUCAGUUCUACCACGUACAACAGCAGAAGUGAGAGAGGGAGAAGAAGACAAGGGAAGAGGAGGAGCUUAGCUAGCCAGCCAUGGCGAGGCGCUCUCCUUGCCUCGCCGUCGCCAUGCUCCUGCUUGGGGCGUUGGCGGUGGCGAGCGCCUUCAUUGAUGAAGCGGCGGCUGCUGGCCGGGGGCUCGGCCAUGGCGCCCGCUUCAUGAGCAAGCAGGGUCGUGUGACAUACGAGAAGCUGCCGGAGCCGGAGCCGAAGCCAAAGCCAAAGCCUCAUCCUAAACCCACGCCAAAACCUGAGCCCAAGCCAGAGCCGGAGCCAAAACCAGUACCUGAGCCUGAGCCUAAACCGGAACCAAAGCCAGAACCAAAACCUGAGCCUAAGCCUGAACCUAAACCAUACCCAGAGCCAAAACCGGAGCCGAAGCCAGAGCCAAAACCUGAGCCGGAGCCUAAACCUGAGCCUAAGCCAGAACCAAAACCAGAACCAAAGCCGUACCCAGAGCCGAAGCCAGAGCCAAAACCGGAACCGAAGCCGGAACCAAAACCGGAGCCCAAACCAAAGCCAGAGCCCAAACCACACCCAGAACCAAAGCCUGAUCCGAAACCUGAGCCUAAGCCACACCCAGAGCCUGAGCCUAAGCCUGAACCUAAGCCUGAGCCCAAGCCACACCCUGAGCCUGAACCAAAGCCUGAGCCUAAGCCUGAGCCAAAGCCAGAACCAAAGCCGGAGCCAAAACCUGAACCAAAACCAAAGCCAAAGCCAGAGCCAAAGCCAAAGCCUGAGCCCAAGCCAUACCCUGAGCCUAAGCCUAAGCCUGAACCAAAGCCUGAGCCUAAGCCUGAGCCAAAGCCAGAACCAAAGCCGGAGCCAAAACCUGAACCAAAACCAGAGCCAAAGCCAGAGCCAAAGCCAAAGCCUGAGCCCAAGCCACACCCUAAGCCUGAGCCUAAGCCUGAGCCCAAGCCAGAACCAAAGCCAGAGCCAAAACCUGAACCAAAACCAGAGCCAAAACCAGAGCCUGAACCGAAGCCUGAGCCAAAGCCUGAACCAAAACCAGAGCCCAAACCAUAUCCAGAGCCUAAACCGGAUCCCAAACCAGAACCCAAACCACACCCAGAACCAAAGCCAGAGCCCAAGCCACAGCCGGAGCCAAAACCAGAGCCGAAGCCUGAACCUAAACCAGAGCCUAAGCCCGAACCAAAACCGGAGCCUAAACCAUACCCAGAGCCAAAGCCUGAACCGAAACCUAAGCCUAAGCCUGAGCCAAAACCUGAAGCACCUCCGAAGAAGCACAAGCCGCCGCACAUACCGCCAGCGACCGACCAGUGACGGCGAUCACCGGAGACCGAGCACUUGCUGCUGCACGAUUGAGGCAUUGACGACAUUAUUUCGCCAGAGGGAGGAGCGAGCGAGUCACUACACUGUACCGUUUCUGGAAUAAAGUGAUGAGCUAGCUUUCUGCUUGCUUUUUUUCCCUUUUAUUUCACGUUGUUUUUUCAGAUGUGCCACUGCUAGCUAGUGUAAUUAAAUUAUUUCUUAUGUAUCUACUGCCAUUUUUAUUACCGUGUCUGUGGCAUUCUUUUCUACUUAGUAGUGUAUAUAAAUAAUAAUAUAUAUGUGUGUGCAUCUUCUAUGCUGUCCA